AUGGUGUAUGAAAAGAAAGGCAAACAUGGAAUGCCAUAUGGAUAUCUACUAAACAAGGUGUUUAAACAAUAUGGUGUGGAUGGAACUAAAGGUACAGCUGGAACAGCCAAGCAAAUGAUCAACCUAACAACUCUUGUGGGAAAUGAAUGCAUAGAGGGCAAAGCUGGAUGUGUGUCUCAAGCGGGCUUGGAAGAGGAGGUAAAAGCGAGUUUUUGUGAGGCUUUGGAUGAGGUGAUGAGAAGCGUGACUAGUUCGAAGAAGAUUAUCAUAGCGGGGAAUUUCAAUGGGCAUAUUUGGAUUUUGCCGAGAGGGUAUGACGAUGUGUAUGGAGGUUUUGCUUUCAGUGAUAGAAAUGAUGAAGGAUCGGCUCUGUUGGACUUUACGAAGGCUUUUGGGAUGGUGGUGGUGAAUUUGACCUUUCUAAAAAAGGAGGAUCACCUGAUUACCUUCUGA